AUGACAGCUAAAUAAAGAAAAACAUAUCAACGACGCAAUGGUCCGCGCGAGCUGGCCGUUGCAAACCAAAGAGGAUAUAAUCCUACGUGUAAACUAAGCCACGUCUCCCGGUCUUCUAAUUAUUAUGCUAAUUAUAUUAUAAUUCUCUUUGGUUUAGAUUUUGUGUCAUUUAGGCACUGUCAACAUAUAUUUUGUAAGUUAUACAUAAACAUUUAUGAAUUAUUUAAUUUUGAAAAUUUUACCGCAAAAUGUUUUGUUCGCACAAAAAUUCUUACCUGCAACUGGUGUGUUCCGUGAAUCCAAGGGUCAUCAAUAAAGCCGUGGACCGCGCCAUGAGAAAGAAACACUUCGAUCCUCAUACAGAACUCCCACCAGCUCAGCGCUUGGAGUCGAUGCAACCGUCCCUGUACGCGCCGCAGGUGGACAUCACGAGGGCGCGAGUUGGCUUCGGACGCAUCGGCCUCAGGGUGCUCAACCGGGAACUACACUCGCCAGACAAUCUCGUGCAAUUGCAAGCGCUGCAUAGCAUACUGGAUCAGGUCCAAAUAUCAGAAAACGCAAUGUUCCUCAUCAAUUUACAAAUUGUCUACCGCCUCAUCGAUCUGAUGCUGGACAGAGACCCUGUCAUCAAAGAGAAAGUCUGCAUCAUACUCACUCACCUGUGCAACUACUACCAGGGCAGGAAGAGAAUCAUGUCUCGGCCCAUCGUCAUCGAUAACCUCAUGAGAUUGUUCUUAAGGGAUCGUAAGGAGAUACGCUACGCCGCCGCUUACACACUCAGGACAUUAGCAAGGGACAGAUGCGCCUGCGAAAUGAUCAUGGAGAAUGAGGAAAUUAUCGAAAACCUCUUGAAGAUGAUCAAAAACGACCACACGGGUAUCGUGCUACUGCAUUUGAAAACACUAGCAAAUCUGACCGAAUGGAAUCCUACGAGACCGUUAAAAGCAAACGCGUUUCAAGUAAUGCUGACGCUGUUUAGAGACCCGGACCCCAGGAUCGUAGCGAGCGCUAUGGACUGCAUGACGCAACUCUGUAAACAUACUGUUGGAAAGAAGCUAGCCGAUAACUACGACUUGACUUUCGUACUAAGACCGUUCUUAACUUCCCCGCAUAUAGAGGUAGUUAUCAGCGCAGUCGGUCUUUUGGCUUACACGACAUUGACGACGCGUUCAAAAUGGCGCGCAAAAGAAUGUUGCGUGGAGGUGACAAGACGUCUAGUCGACUUAUGUCACACGCCAAACAAACCCCUCUUACAACUGAGAUGUAUGCAAGUGUUAAUAAACCUUUGCGACUGUCCGGACAUAAGGUACCACAUGAAAAUGCACUGGGAGACAAGAGUGAAGAACGUCAGGAUAAGGACCCACGAGGAAUGGGACGGCACCUCUGAGACCACCACGUACGGCCUCGAAACCGGCCACAACUACAGGACCAUGUGUAUAGAACGCGUCGAAACGAUAAAAAAUGACAUGGGAGAUAACCCUGAGGUGGUCAACGUGUACAGUUAUCUGAGAAGACUCCACAAUAUCAAAGAGCGUUUGAUAAAAGCCAUUAACUGGAAGUGUUACAGAGACUAACCGACAAAGCAUCAUAGUAAACAUUUUAAUAUUGAGCAUAAAAAUUAGCAAUAAUAAAACAACGUAUGUAAUUCAAGCAUUUAUUAAAUAUUUUUUAAUAUCAAUAAAUCAAUUACAUGACAUUUGAGCUACA